AUGGUACGCGACGUAGAGUCUGUAUUCGCCUCACACACGCCUAUACUGCCGGUAGCCUAUACAGCACCACCCCCACCACAAGCCAUGAAUGCACAUCCCCAGAGCCUAAAGUAUUACGAACUGCCUGCGGGUCUUAUGCGGGCAUCACUCAAGAUGACUGACAGACCUUACUUGGCAAUAGACCCCAAGUACCUCAGACUCACCCAGCCAGUCAUGACUCCCGAGUUGGCGGAGGCC